AUGUGUAAGAAAAUUGAGCAGUGGCACAACUACACACGAAUUCAGAUUUUUGGUAAGGGUGACCAGAGAAAGUCUACUACAUUCAACAAACAUUUCCUGAAGACCCACUUUGCGCCAGGCACUAUGCUAAAGGAUAAACAAGACAUGGUGCCUUCCCUUCAAUACUCUGAGAGGCCCAAAGCAGCACAGCACAGGAAAGCCUUUGACAACCAGCAGUUAAUCAUGGGCCAACUCUCAGACCAACCCCUGAGUGGUACAUGCUCAGGACAGACCCGGAGCAACAGAGCAGAGGCUUUGAAAACUGAACUGAGAUUGAAACCAACAACUACCGAAGGCGAUGCAAAACCUGUAAUGUUAACACCUGUCAGACAAAGAACCAGGAAACUGUGGCCAAAUCCUGAGGGAAGAGACAAUCAACAAAACAACUCUGAGAUAACACAGGUGUUGGAAUAUUCAGACGAAGACUCUAAAUCAGCUUCUACGUGUUGCAGGAGUGAGCAAGUCGGAGGUGUGUCGCUCGACAACUCCUCCAUGGAGGACGCUCCAAAAUCCUUUGCAACCUGCCUCUCGUACAACCUUCUCUUUUCUUCAAUACAUUAUGCCUUUCGUUUCAGCUACAUCAGACUUUUCUCAAAGAGGCCUUCCCUGAUCCUGAAAUCGAAAAAGGUUCUCUUAAAUCACAGCGCCUGUGCUUUCUCAGGCCGUGAUCUGGUCAAAGAGCAAAAGGGAACAAAAAGCUGGAACUGGGUAAAGAAGACGAGGCUUCCUUCUCCACCGGCACACCUUUACUCGGGGAUCCUGGAAACCCGCGUCCUGCUCGUUUCUGACAACGGUAUCACUCGCCGGGACUGGAGCCAGAGUGUGCUUGAAACCUCGGCUGUGGGGGACAGACCACUGGGCUCCCUUUGCCCUGCGAGGAGACCCGGGGAGCGGGUGCAAAGCCAGACCCUGCCAGUCCUGGCCCGCUUUUUCGCCCGCAACCGCGUGGCCUCGUCUUACCUCACGCCCCCGCGGAGCCCAGGCUGCAGCUUCAGCUCACUCCGCCACGCGGCGCGCGCUCGCUGGGCUUCUGUGGGCUCAGCUGUGUGUGAUGCGACGGCCCGGGCGCCACGUCCGGUCUCCCAGGCAACCACAGAAACUUCCGGUUUGCGAGCGGCCGCGGUUGGCGAGAGGCCACAUUUCCGCCACGUGACCCCCUCCGACACCUCGCGGGCUGAAGGGCUGGCGUCACCGGCCUGCAACACCCUGCGUGUCCCGAAGUUCGACUUCCCCGCCUCGACGAGGGCCGGGCGGCGGCAAGACCGCUUCUCCUCAGCCGCCGAACUGGAGUUGGAGGUGGAACUCCGUGGGGCCCGGGCCCCGGCUGCCGGGCAGCGGCUCCUCGGGGUCCAGGCCGCGGCGGAGAAUGAGGCGGAGGCGGUGGCGGUGGCGGGUUUCAGGCGGGGCCGCCAGGCUGGAAGCAUCCUGCGCUGGUUCAUCACCGUGAUCCUGUGUGCUGCCUUCCUGGGGCUGGGAAUGAGUGUUGCAAUACUGGGACCUACAUUUCAAGAUUUGGCAACAAACGUGAACCGCAAUAUAAGCAGUCUUUCUCUGAUUUUCGUGGGCCGUGCCUUUGGAUUUUUGAGUGGCUCAGUGAUUGGUGGAGUUCUUCUUGACAUUUUGAAUCAUUUUCUACUUUUGGGGGUGUCAAUGUUGACUACCACAGUUGGUCUUUAUCUUGUUCCAUUUUGUAAGACAGCAGUAUUACUGAUUGUCAUGAUGUCCGUCUUUGGUGUCUCAGCUGGCAUUCUGGAUACAGGUGGUAACGUCCUAAUCUUGGCUAUUUGGGGGGACAGAGGAGCCCCCCAUAUGCAGGCCUUACACUUCAGUUUUGCCUUGGGUGCCUUUUUGGCUCCCUUGCUGGCUAAGUUGGCACUGGGCACGACGGUGUCUGCUGAGAACCGCACAGAGGCUGACUCUAGCCAUUCUGCUCUCAACCCGUCAUCUGAAGCUGACUCAGAAUCUGUCCUCGGAGUACCCGACAAUAUGAAUCUGCUGUGGGCGUAUGCUCUUAUCGGUACUUACGUCUUUGUAGUUGCUAUCUUUUUUUUGGCUCUGUUUUUAAAGAAAAGCUCAAGGCAGGAAAAAGCAAAAACAUCUGCUCAGAGGUCUCGAAGAGCUAAAUACCACAAUGCCCUUCUCUGUCUCCUUUUCCUGUUCUUCUUUUUUUAUGUCGGAGCUGAGGUCACAUACGGCUCUUACGUUUUCUCAUUUGCGACCACCCACGCUGGCAUGAAAGAAAGUGAAGCGGCUGGGUUGAACUCCAUCUUCUGGGGGACCUUUGCAGCCUGCAGGGGCCUCGCAAUCUUUUUUGCUACGUGUUUACAACCCGGAACCAUGAUUGUGUUAAGCAACAUCGGCAGCCUGGCAUCGUCCUUACUGCUGGUGCUUUUCGACAAGAGCCCGGUUUGCCUCUGGAUAGCGACUUCAGUGUAUGGGGCCUCCAUGGCAACCACAUUUCCCAGUGGUGUUUCUUGGAUUGAGCAGUACACCACCAUCCACGGGAAAUCUGCAGCGUUUUUUGUCGUCGGUGCCGCCCUGGGAGAAAUGGCUAUUCCUGCAAUAAUUGGAAUUCUUCAAGGACAGUACCCUGAUUUGCCCGUGGUUUUAUACACCUGUUUGGGGGCAUCGAUAGCCACCACUGUUUUAUUUCCCGUGCUCUAUAAAUUAGCCACCGCACCUCUCCAUCCGCAGCGAAAAGGGCACAGAAAAAGCGAGGACCAGAAAGCUUUGCUGUCUAGUUCUGAGCUAAAUGACUAUGAGGAUGACAAUGAAGAAGAGGAGGCAGAAAAAUGGAAUGAAAUGGAUUUUGAAGUGAUUGAAAUGAAUGAUACAAUGAGGAAUUCUGUAAUAGAGACAUCUAGAAGUAUUUUGACGGAGCCCUUAGCUGAAGUCUCCAGUCAGUCCCACCCCAGUGCAGUGGUGUUGCAGUCCCCUGUGAAUCACCUUGCAAGAAACCAGGCAAAAAGGGACUAACACCUGGAGAAGAUGGAUUAUUCUGACCUCCUUGAAUAAUCUCCAGUUCUCAUGAAGCCAGGCAGAGCAGAGCAUUAACAGAUUAUCAGCAUGCUUUGGGGAAUCAAAAUUUCUAGGUCAGAGUAUAGCAAAUGCUACAAAGUUUUGAAAGGUUCUGUAAUUCCAGAAUUUUCCAUAAAGAACAAGUGGUCUCGUAUGGCAGGAUCUUCUUGUGAGGCUAGUGUUUGGCAUGUGCCUGAUUAGGUAAUGUUCUACGGUCUCUACCCCUCAGAGCACACAAAGAAGGUGUUUGUAGUUGAGAAGUUGGGUGCUGUUCUAAUAGAACGAAACCAUCUAGUAGAUGAAUCGAUUAGCAGAGCAAGUGGUCAGUCAUCAGUAUUCUACCAGGGAAGUAGAGGAUUGUCGUUUCAUAAAAGAGCAACUUUGAAAACGGACAGACAUUUUUUAUUAAUUGCUUUGCCCUCCCUGUAGUGUUGCACGGGAGAAUGCUGAUGCUUCAUUUGAUUUCUGGUUUCUAUGAGGAGAACACAGACAGAACCUUAGAGACCUCACUUCAUGACUGCUGCUUAUAGUUUUCUGGCUCUAUGCUCAGUCCCUUCACUUAAGUAGGCCUGGUUUAUCUGUCUCCUGAUACAUAAUUCUAUUAGUGACAAUGAGAUGAUUUUCAAACCAGGAAUCCAUCAGUUUCAAAGUUUGUACAAGAAAAAAA